GAGGUAACAGACAAGCCAACACACGAAUAACCAACGAAUUCUUUUGCGAAUUUCCCCAAGAGAUGUCAAAAUCAAAUUUUUGGUUUGUUAAGGAUCUUGGGGGCAUUUUGUGCUGCAUUUUUACAUGGAUUUUGAUUUUAUUUGCAUUAUUCACGUUUUUAAUCGUCGUCCGACCACUUUUUUUCAUAAAUUCUCCUGAGAUUAAAUCUAAAAUUUUCUAUACAAGUUUGUACUUGUUUUUGACGUUAUUUGCCAUUUUUUCUCACACAAAAACUAUGCUUUCGGACCCAAACGAGUCCAAUCAAGACACGUUUUUGUCGUCUGGUAGGAAAUAUCUUGUUUGCAGUAUUUGUUCUUCUCUUAAACCUGCCCGGGCACAUCAUUGUAGUGUAUGCAAACGCUGUAUACGAAAAAUGGACCAUCAUUGCCCUUGGGUUAAUAAUUGUGUCGGAGAAGCGAAUAUAAAGUAUUUUCUUCUUUUUCUGUUUUAUAUUGCAUCAAUGUCAAUUUAUUCUGUAUUCGCCGCUUCUAUUGGGCUCUUAAAUUUAACAAAAAUUGAAACAUCUGGUAUACCAUAUUAAUUUAAUUAAGACGGUUUGUUGGUUUCUGGGAAUAUCUCUGCUAUUUUUUGCUGGCUUAUGAUAAUUGAAGGAAUUUUAUUUGCUGUCUUUUCUUUAUGUAUGAUGAUUACUCAACUUUAUUCUAU